UUUGCUCACAUUGGCGAGCUGCGGAUACGAUUGUCCGGCAGCGGCUCACGGGGCGCGCCGUCGCAAGUGCGGCGAGAGUGGCGCUGCACGUGCAAGCAGGCGGCGCCUCGAUGCUGCGGCGUGCAGCCUCCGGGCCUGCAGCACGGGGCGGGGGGGGCCUGACGGGCAUGCCGGAAGGCGAACCAGGCUCGCAGGAGCAGGCCAGAGGACGAGGGAGGGCAGGCAUCGGGAGCGACCGGCCGGGCAGUGGACCCCGGCGAGGGGGGGACGGGGAGGCGUGCCAGACGCAGCGGCAUGAGCCGUCCAGCUGCACAUCGAGGCGCCGCAUACGCGCGUGCAGACGCCAAGCGCCCCGGCCGGCGUCGCCGCCCCUCUAGAGCGGCCGCCGGGCGCCUGGAACAGCCACGGAACGACCCGCGCGCGCGAGCGAGGGGUGCAAACCCCUGCUCUGGCGCAGGUCCGGGGCGAGUGGGGGAGGAGGGUGAGCAGGAGGAGGAGGAGGAGCGGGCCGGCAGCACUAAAGGGCGGCUCACGAGCUGCCCGCUGCUCCCCGAGCGCUCCCCGAAGGAAGCUCACUCCACGGCCAGGGGCUACUUGACGGCCGUCGCGUCCCAGGCAACGAACUGCUCGCCGGCCUGCGCGGCCCCGAGCUCAGAGGGCACCCACCACGGACCGCGCAGGGACUGGGGACGUCAGCUGCGGUGAGGGCAGUGGACAAAAAACCUUGGGAUAAGGAAUCCAGGGUCUGGAAGCCGGUGGAACUCCCA